CGUCUCGGGCUGUUGUUCUGUUUAGGCCUCGGUUCUGUCCUGGAAUUAAGUCUGUUCGAAAUGCGAGCCGCCGUCGCGAUCCUCGCCGUGGCCGUCGGGUGCGCCGCCCUCCCGUCCUACAAGGGCGCCCCCAGGCUGCCUCAGCUCGCGCCGGGACAGACCUUCUCCUUCCAGUCCAGUUCGGCGGCCUCGAGUUCCGCCUCAUCCUCGAGCCAUGACUCCUCCUCGAGCAGUUUCUCCUCCUCGGCCUCGGGAGUCAACUUCAACAACGAGGCGUCCAGCUCCGCCUCGUCCGCAGCGAGUAGCUCCUCCUCCUCGUCGCUGUCCGGGUCCCUAAGCGGCGGAGAUUCCAGCGCCGGCUCUGCCUCCAGGGACUCCCUUGGGGCCUCCGCUGGCUCUGCUGGUGGGACGCUCGCAUCCUCAAGUGGCAUUCACUCUGGCACUCAGGGAUCCUCAAGUGGCUUCCAGUCUAGCACUCAGGGAUCCUCAACUGGCUUCCAGUCUGGCUCUCAGGGAUCCUCAGCUGGCUUCCAGUCUGGCUCUCAGGGAUCCUCAGCUGGCUUCCAGUCUGGCUCUCAGGGAUCCUCAAGUGGCUUCCAGUCUGGAUCUCAGGGAUCCUCAGCUGGCUUCCAGUCUGGCUCUCAGGGAUCCUCAACUGGCUUCCAGUCUGGCUCUCAGGGAUCCUCAAGUGGCUUCCAGUCUGGCUCUCAGGGAUCCUCAGCUGGCUUCCAGUCUGGCUCUCAGGGAUCCUCAAGUGGCUUCCAAUCUGGCUCUCAGGGAUCCUCAGCUGGCUUCCAGUCUGGCUCUCAGGGAUCCUCAAGUGGCUUCCAGUCUGGCUCUCAGGGAUCCUCAAGUGGCUUCCAGUCUGGCUCUCAGGGAUCCUCAAGUGGCUUCCAAUCUGGCUCUCAGGGAUCCUCAGCUGGCUUCCAGUCUGGCUCUCAGGGAUCCUCAGCUGGCUUCCAGUCUGGCUCUCAGGGAUCCUCAGCUGGCUUCCAGUCUGGCUCUCAGGGAUCCUCAGCUGGCUUCCAGUCUGGCUCUCAGGGAUCCUCAAGUGGCUUCCAGUCUGGCUCUCAGGGAUCCUCAGCUGGCUUCCAGUCUGGCUCUCAGGGAUCCUCAGCUGGCUUCCAGUCUGGCUCUCAGGGAUCCUCAACUGGCUUCCAGUCUGGCUCUCAGGGAUCCUCAAGUGGCUUCCAAUCUGGCUUUCAGGGAUCCUCAGCUGGCUUCCAGUCUGGCUCUCAGGGAUCCUCAACUGGCUUCCAGUCUGGCUCUCAGGGAUCCUCAGCUGGCUUCCAGUCUGGCUCUCAGGGAUCCUCAGCUGGCUUCCAGUCUGCUGGCUCUCAGGGAUCCUCAGCUGGCUUCCAGUCUGGCUCUCAGGGAUCCUCAGCUGGCUUCCAGUCUGGCUCUCAGGGAUCCUCAAGUGGCUUCCAGUCUGGCUCUCAGGGAUCCUCAAGUGGCUUCCAGUCUGGCUCUCAGGGAUCCUCAACUGGCUUCCAGUCUGGCUCUCAGGGAUCCUCAGCUGGCUUCCAGUCUGGCUCUCAGGGAUCCUCAAGUGGCUUCCAGUCUGGCUCUCAGGGAUCCUCAGCUGUCUUCCAGUCUGGCUCUCAGGGAUCCUCAGCUGGCUUCCAGUCUGGCUCUCAGGGAUCCUCAAGUGGCUUCCAGUCUGGCUCUCAGGGAUCCUCAGCUGUCUUCCAGUCUGGCUCUCAGGGAUCCUCAAGUGGCUUCCAGUCUGGCUCUCAGGGAUCCUCAAGUGGCUUCCAGUCUGGCGCUCAGGGAUCCUCAAGUGACACUCAGGGAUCCUCAACUGGCUUCCACUCAGGUUCUCUGGGAUCCUCCUCUGGCACUCACUCUGGCACUCAGGGAGGCUCCGUUGAAUUCGGUUCCUCCGAACUUCCUGCAGGAUCUCUCGGCUCCGUCACUGGCUCCCAAGGACCCACAUCCGGAAACCAGUCUGGCGACCUCGGGGCUUCAUCCGGGUCUGGCGUCAAGGGGUCUUCCUUCGUCUUCCAGGGGAUCUUCAAGGGGUCGGAUCUCGUCUCAGGCAUCGAGGGCUCCGAAGGGCGCGGGUCAGAGGAGGCCAUUUCGCAAAGCUAUGGCCUCCCGCACUAG